UCGUGCAAAUAAAUAUUCAUGAUUUAUUAGUCUCGAAGAGGAUAGUCAAUUAAAAAGGAACUAACGACGAUAAUGAAUCGUGGAAACAUCGUUAAAUUCGUUUUAAUUUAUGGCCUUCUCCAAACCGGUCAAACUCUCAUUCACGAUGGAUUCGCCAAAGUUUUCGGUUCAGUGGGAAGCAUUACAAAUGUAAAAACCACUCAAUUGCUGAAUCAACUCUGCAAUGAUUCACAAGACGAUAACACGAUGCAACGAGACGCUUGUUACGGAUGUUUUUUUCGGUCUAGUCAACUACCAUCGGGCUAUCCGAUGCUCCUCUCCAUGGCGUCAUGUGCUGAUGCGUAUUUGAAUAACACCAAUUACGGCCAUUGCAGAGCGUAUCUCCGGAACGCAACAAACGCCAUCGAUGCGAGAACCAGCCCGACAAUUAUUUACUGCACAUUUUUAGAGUGCAUCCGUCAAGUUAACAAAAACAAUUUGGACGCACGUUCCGGAUUGUAUCGAGAGGGCAAUCGUUCGUCGAACAAAUUCAAAUUUAUUACCAGGAAGACGAAACCGAUUGUGUUUCUGAGGAGAUACGUCUCGGUAAUUCGAGGCAUUUGUAUAGUACGCAGCAGAGCCGAUGAGGAAGCAAACACCGUCAGACCGGGAGCCGAACCGAUAUCGCCGAGAAGCAAUUUUAAUGUUGAUAGGAUCAAUAUUAUUAUUGCGAGAACGGAAAAUGCUUGAAAAACGACCGAGCACACAGAUACGAAACCUCCUCGCAUUAACUAACCUUGUACAUAUUCAAAUAAAUGAACAAAAAAUGUAAAUAUAUAUUAUUAAUAUAA